AUGAACAUUACAAAUUCAUUAACUGAUAAGUUCGAUGAAUGCGAAAAUAGAUCGGAAAAAGAAAUACGACUAGAACCGGAUAGCUCUAUUAAUGGUGCGUUAGCUUUCCGAUUAGGCGGAAGCAAAACACGUGGUUUCUUUAUACAACAUGUAAAUCAAAAAUCAAAACAGUCAAAAUUUCUCUACAAAGGUGAUCAAAUACUAAAAGUGAAUGGCGUUGACGUGCGACGUUUGACGUGUGAUCAAAUUGUUAAUAUACUUCGUGUAGCUGUAUGUAGUAAUGGUUAUGCAUUAAUACAGGUAAGUCGGAAAUUACGUUACAAGGAUGAUGUAUUAGGUGAUGAUGUUAUUAAUAAUAAAGAUGAAAAUGGUAAUUUGUGUUAUUGUUAUCCGAUACAUGAUGAUCUAGCAAUUAAUGAUAGUAAUGCAAUUGAACCAGUAUCGCUUUCCGAUACAAUAAUCGGAUUCAAUCAAUCGAUGAUUUAUGCUCGAGCGAUAACAUCCUCCGUCCAUUAUUGCGAUGAUUUAAGCGAAACUGAAUGUACACAAUUGGUUUGCAACAAUGAUGAAAAUGAGAAGCACUAUUCGUUAUGUAAGCAACAAAGGAAAUUUUCGAUGUUUGGUUAUGUUAGGCAAUUUGCUGAUGAUGAAAAUGAUUAUGAAUAUGACGAGAAAUGUGUUGAAUGUCCGAAAUGUUCCACUAAGUGGCGCUGGCAUAUUGUUAAACAUCGUUUGGCAACAAAUGCGAUGAAACUUUUUCCAAAAUCUGCAUCUGAUUUCUUCGGUUUACACAUUUAUCAAAAAGCUUACUAUAAUUUAAUCUAA